CACGUCCUGUGUUUGGCGGCGCGCCACUAGCCCACUAGCUUGUGUAACAAAACUCGGCUCAAUUUAAGUCAUUGCGCUGUAACGCAAGAGUUGCGGUAGUCGACAAUGACAUUAAAGAAAGUCUACUAAUCCAUCACAGUCUAAUAAUCAUCAGUUGCAUUAGAUAGAUUUCUGGACUACAGGGUUUUGGAGUUUUAACUCUUUGACAGUGUGUCAGUAGCUGAUAAUCUGCUUUGUACACUGUUUGUUUGCUAAAAGCCAAGUUCAUAUAGUUUGACAUGGAGGGUUUUGUCCAAUAUUGCCCACCCAAUAUAACACUCAAUCAUCCUUGGGUGAACCAUGGAUUGACGAGAUGUUUUCUCGAUACUGUGUCGACAUCCGUCAUCACUGGGUUCUUGAUUCUAUUUGGAUCCAUUGAGAGUAUAGUUUAUAGGAAAUAUGGCUCACCCAUCCAAUCCAGAUCAGGGCAGAGAUCAAAAUUAUUUAUUCUUCAAAUUAUGGCUGCCGUAAUUCUCACUAUUUUGCCUGUAGUGGAAUGUGUAGUCCAACUCUAUCUAGUGCACAAUGGAGUCCUAUAUGGGUAUCUUUUGCUCUACACUAUUGGCAAUGUUAUUGUUUGGCCCUUAUCUCUUCAUUUGAUUUACUUGGAAAGAAAUGCUUUGUUACCAUCCAUUCCUGCAAGGGGUCAUGGGCUCAUUUUGUUAAUAUUUUGGACUCUUACUUUUGUUGCUCAAAACUUGGCUUUUCUUAAUAUGAAAAAUGAAGACUGGUGGUUUGAUUUAGAGACCACAUCUGAUGUUGUAGAAUUUUCCCUCUUUGUUGUGCGUUUUGUAUGCACUUGUAUUGCAUUCCUCCUUGGCCUCAAAGCCCCUGGGUUGUACACGUCAGAAAGACUCUACAGAGAAGGAUUUGGAUCUAGUGCUGGUUCUCUUCUGGACGAACAUCAGCCGGAUUCAUCUACUUCCAGUUCCUCUCCUUGGAGUAACUUUUUUUCAAAGUUACGUACUCUGUUACCAUUCGUAUGGCCGGCAAAAGCUCCAUCUCUUCAGAUACGGGUUCUGAUGUGUUUCCUGCUUCUUGGUGCUGGUCGAGUAGCCAAUGUAUACGUACCAGUUCUCUACAAAAUGCUAGUUGACAGUAUGACUCCCGCUGAUGGCAACGUGAUUUUUCGGUGGGAUCUUGUUCUGAUCUAUGUCGCCGUCAAGUUUCUCCAAGGCGGAGGUAUGGGAGGUGUGGGUUUUCUGAACAAUCUCAGAAGUUUCCUGUGGAUCCCCAUCCAGCAGUUUACAACUCGAGAAACAGAGGUCAAACUCUUCGAACAUCUUCAUAGUCUUAGUCUACGUUGGCACUUGAGUCGCAAAACGGGCGAAGUGUUGCGGGUCAUCAAUCGUGGAACAGACUCGAUCAACAGCUUGUUGAGCUAUCUCCUCUUCAACAUCUUCCCUACAAUAGCCGACAUCCUCAUCGCUAUUGUUUACUUUGCAACCGCUUUCAAUCCAUGGUUCAGCUUGAUCGUAUUCGUCACAAUGGCUGUUUAUAUGGCUGGAACAAUCGCAGUUACCGAGUGGCGGACAAAGUAUAAGAGACAAAUGAAUCAAGAAGAUAAUAAAUUACGAGGGCGAGCUGUUGACUCCCUCUUGAAUUUCGAAACAGUCAAAUACUACGGCGCUGAAAAAUAUGAAGUGGAGCAGUAUAAGGAUAUCAUGAUCAGAUAUCAGAUAGAAGAAUGGAGAUCAAGCGCAUCUUUAAAUUUACUCAACACAGUUCAAAAUGUUGUAAUGACCGUUGGACUUCUAGCUGGAUCACUUCUUUGCGUUCACUUUGUUUCUGAAAAGCAGUUGACUGUUGGAGAUUUUGUCCUUUUCGGAACCUAUAUCGUGCAACUUUACGCGCCAUUGAAUUGGUUUGGAACUUAUUAUCGAAUGAUUCAACAAUCAUUUAUCGAUAUGGAGAAUAUGCUCGAUCUUCUGAAAGAGCGGCAAGAAGUUAAAGAUAAUCCCGGAGCUAAGGACCUACUAGUUAAAGAAGGAACCAUUGAAUUUCAGAACGUGUCAUUCAGUUAUCGACCUGACAAGCCAAUUUUGAAAAAUAUCAGCUUCACAGUCCUGCCGGGGAAAACACUGGCUUUGGUCGGAUCAUCAGGUGAGGGAAAAUCCACGAUUAUUAGGCUUCUAUUCCGAUUCUUCGAUGUCCAAGAGGGCGCAAUUCUAUUAGAUGGGCAAGACAUUCGAGGCGUGAAACAAACAUCAGUGAGGCAGGCCAUAGGCGUUGUACCACAAGAUACGGUCUUAUUCAACACCACAAUCAAGGACAACAUUCAAUAUGGACGGGUUAGUGCAACUGUGGAAGAGAUAUAUGAAGCUGCCAAAGCAGCAGAUAUUCACGAUCGUAUUCUAGGAUUCCCUGAUGGAUAUGAAACUGUUGUUGGUGAGCGAGGUUUAAAGUUGAGUGGAGGCGAAAAGCAACGUGUAGCAAUAGCUCGAACGCUACUUAAAUCUCCCAAAUUUGUGCUCCUCGACGAAGCUACGUCUGCCCUCGACACCCAUACGGAGCGCAAUAUUCAAGCUUCAUUAGCACGAGUGUGUACCAACAGAACAACGCUCGUUGUUGCCCAUAGACUAUCAACCAUUAUUAAUGCUCAUCAAAUCAUUGUUCUACAUGAUGGAUGCAUUGCAGAGCGUGGGAGUCACGAAGAGCUGUUGGCAAUGAAAGGCGUUUACGCUGAGAUGUGGAAUAACCAGAUAAGCAAUGAAGACGAUGGGACUGGCACUGCUCCUACAACUCCUGUUAGUCGAGAAUUUUUCCCCUGUUCUGAUGGUGGUUUAUUCACGUGAUUAAUUAUAGAAGUCGUCGUUUAGUUGUCAACCAUAAACCAACGUCUGUAAUCCUUUGCUUCGUUACUGACAAUAACUUUUGACAACUCAUUUAAGCCCAUGUUAUUCAUUGAAAUAGACAGUUUUGUUUAUUGUA